CUCGGUGUGAAGUGUGAUUGCAUCCGUGUAUUUCUGCUGUCAAAGCUCCAGGACAGCUAGCUAGCUGCACGGGGGGAAAUAGGCACAUCGGUGGUAGAAAGUGGGUGAAUGCUGGAACAAUUAUAGCGUUUGAUACAGAAUUAUAUAAUUGCACUCGCCACAUAUCAGUAAAAAAGUGUGUGAAACUUCGUUUCGCAUUUCCAACAGACAGUCGAAACAGGGGUAGGUGAACAUUUUAUGAGCAGGUGAGAACAGAUACGAAGGAUCCACCGAGGAGACAAGGUCUUUAGAAGAGCGUUGCGCUGGUGCUCGGUGCACGCGACUUUCCCUGAAGUCGAAGCUUUUCGCGCUAUGUCGAGGAAGAAGGCUCCAAAGGGUAAAAGCUGCAGCGCAAGCCCCUCUACCACCAAAGACAAUAACAGAUCGGGUAAAAGUGGCCUGGUGUCUGCAGUUCAGGCUAAUGGAGUGGUGCAUCCGAGCAGAGCAUCUAUCAGCAGUAGUGAAUUUUACGACGUCGCGUUCAAGGUGAUGCUGGUAGGCGACUCAGGAGUAGGGAAGACCUGUCUGCUAGUCCGUUUUAAGGAUGGAGCAUUUCUGGCUGGCAGCUUUAUUUCUACUGUGGGCAUUGACUUCAGGAACAAAGUGCUUGACAUUGAUGGGGUCAAGGUCAAACUGCAGAUCUGGGAUACUGCAGGACAGGAGCGCUUUCGCAGUAUUACACAUGCCUACUACCGUGAUGCCCAUGCACUGCUGCUUCUGUAUGAUGUCACCAACAAAGCAUCUUUUGACAACAUUCGGGCCUGGCUGACAGAAAUCUAUGAGUAUGCUCAGCAAGAUGUGGUCCUAAUGGUACUGGGCAAUAAGGCUGAUGCCUCUCAUGACAGAACAGUAAGGAGAGAGGAGGGGGAGAGACUAGCUAAGGAGUUUGGGGUGCCUUUUAUGGAGACAAGUGCCAGAUCCGGCUUUAAUGUGGACCUGGCCUUCACUGCCAUAGCCAAAGAACUAAAGCACAGGUCCAUGAAGGGUUUGGAUGAGCCCAAGUUUAAAUUGCAUGAGUAUGUCAACAAGGAAAUGAAGACCACAGGGUGCUGCAGGACCUAAAACCACAAGUGUGUGUGCGUGUGCGCGCGCGUGUGUGCGUGUGCGCGCGCGUGUGUGUGUGCGUGCGUGUGUAUGCACAUAUGGUUAUCAUAAAUGUGUUUACAUUUGCCCAGCUGUGGGAAUUUUUGUUUGUUUGUGUAUGUAUGUGGACAUCUCACAUGGUUGGGUUAGUGGUUGUACCCUGAACGCAUGAUAAAUGGCAAGCAGUGAACAGUGUGCAGCAUUUCAUCAGAUUUGUUGUACUAUGUGUUGAUUUUUAGUUUAUUUUAAGCCUGGGAGAGGUUGAAGGCUUCAUGGAUACUGUAUUUUCUUCAUACUGUUUCUGGAGAAGCACAAUUCUGCCCUUUUCUAAAUAUAUGGGGAACAUAAACAUUAAAUAAAAUUAAAACCACCUGCCUAAUAUUGUGUAGGUCACUCUUGUGCCACCAAAACAGCUCUGACCUGUCAAGGCAUGGACUCCACAAUAUAUUUAUAUAUAGGGUGGGAUAUAUUAGACAGCAAGUGAACAGUCAAUUCUAAAAGUAGAUGUGUUUGGAAGCAGGAAAAAUGGGCAAGGAAUAAGGAUCUAAGCAGCUUUGACAAGGGACAAAUUGUGGUGGCUAGACAGCUGGGUCAGAGCAUCUCCAAAACGAUAGGUCUUGUGGGGUGUUCCCAAUAUGUAAUGGUCAGUACUUGUGGAAGAGAUGGCACCUGGAUGCACUAUGGGAAGAAUGCAAGCCGGUGGAGUCAGUUUGAUGCUCUGGGAAAUGUUUUGCUGGGAAACCUAGAGUCCUACCACUUAAGUACAACCCUUCAUGGCAACGGUAUUCCCUAACAACAGUGGCUUCUUUCUGCAGGAUAAUUUGCCCUGCCAACAUUGUUGUGCACUGUAAACAUUGUUCAACAAUGGUUUAAGGAACAUGACAAAAAGUUAUAGGUGUUGACUUGGCUUCCAAUUUCACAGGCCUUCUAUCUGAUCAAGCAUCUGUGGGAUGUGCUGGACAAACAAUCAUGAAGGCCCAACCUCGCAACAUACAGGACUUAAAAGAUCUGCUGUUAACCUCUUGGUGCCGGACACCCCAGCACACCUUGAGAGGUCUUGUGGAGUCCAUGCCUUGGUGGGUCAGAGCGGUUUUGGCGGCACCAGGGGGACCUACAAAAUAUUAGGCAGGUGGUUUUAAUGUUAUGGUUACACACACACACACUGUAAGGCCCAUUAAUAUUUGGACAGUGACAAAGUUAUUGUUAAUUUAAAUGUCUACCACAGUAUAAGAGAGAUGGUUAAAACAAUUAUUUGGUAAAUUCUUAAAACAAAAGAAAGCACUGGUGACCUCAAGAACAUCGAAAGGCUUGAAAUACCACACAAAACAACUGUAGUGAAGGACAGAAGAAUUCUUUCCCCAGGAAAGAAAAAACCCUCCACAAUAGUUGGUCAGGGCAAAAACACCCUCCAGGAGGUAGGCGUAUACAGUUCCCUCCACUAAUAUUGGCAGCCUUGGUAAAUACAUCCUUCUUUGCUUAUAUUUACCAAGGGUGCCAAUAUUAGUGGAGGGUACAAAGAGUUUGAAAGUGGGGGAACCGCAUAUAAAAAGUGCUGUAAUUCCUACACCAUUCACCCAAUCUGGAAAAAAUAAUAAUAAUUAAACGGUUUUGAGUUUGAUUAUGAAAGUGCACAGUCAUUAAAGCAAAAAACAAUGUAUGUUAAUAUGUAAAAGAUUCUACUUUUCACUCAAGUUGUUCUCAAUAAUAUAAUUUGUUGUGUGUGUGUGUGUGUGUGUGUGUGUGUGUGUGUGUGUGUGUGUGUGUGUGUGUGUGCGCCAUUUUAAUUUGAAGGAAGAAUCCAGUUAUCAAGAAAAGAAACUGCAUCAUUCCUAAUAGUUGGCCAAAUUUAAUUAUAUUUCUGAAACUGGGCUAUUUCAAUAAAGAUGCCAGGCCAAAGCUUACUGACAGUAUUUUAGACAUCACAGCAAAAUAUGUACAUAUAAUGUACAUAUAUCAUACUUCUUUCAGUCAUGAUAUUGUAUGGAAUAUAGCAUGCUAAAUCAGUAAUCAGUCUACAUGCUUGAUGGUGUACAGUGAGCUAUUUCAAUCUACAUAACUUCCAAAGGGAGUUUCUGAAUGCUCCUACAUGUACUCAAUGUACACAAAUGCAUAACACCCACAUGCAGCACUGUCAAAAGCAAUCCAUUAACUCUGUUGAACCAUGACACUCUGAAUAUGGGGGGAAACCGGACAAUGUGAUGUGCAUUGUUCAAAGUUCAAAGUUUGAUAUGUGACCAAGGGGAAUAUAACUGUCACACCAGUUUAACAUCACAGCCAUGUUUUGGACACCAUCAUUUACUUAAAUUGACUUAACUUAAAGGCAUUUUCAAACCUCAUAAUUUGGAGCUUUGAGCACAUAAGCUACAAUAAGGGUGUUUUCUGAGAUUGUUUUUGACAAAUUACUGUAGACAUUGUACAUGUUAAAGCUUUUGCUGCUUUUUUGUUUGUUUGUAUAGAUAUUAAAGUGUUAAGGGUUUUUGUUUGUUUUUAAAAAAAUAUAUUUUUACAGAAUUUGAGAAUGGCUAUUAUUAUUCGGUUAAUUAUAUAUAUCUAUAUAUCUAU